CUAAGCGGUUGUAGCUUGACGACAUGUGAAAGCCAACGUUUUCAAUAUUUGUUGCGAUGACGCGCGAAGUCACGAUGUUUUCUCCCGUCCUCUUCUCCUCAGCAUUCCAAUGAGCGCGAAAUUCCCCUCCUCAUCUCUCGCCCAUGUCUGAUCUUCGCCGCCGCGUCCUGCGCGGACUAGGCGUCGACAGCGAGGACAGCUCACCCCAAUCUUCCCGCGAUGCGAGUCCCGCGCCAGGCCAGAAAGAUAGCGCCGAGUACAAAGUGGUGCCCAAGAAGCGGCUAGAAAAACUCACCGGGAGCAGGAAGAAGAGCAGCAAAGGGCGGACUGCCUGGAUUUUCGUGUUCGGCGGGCUAUUUGGCGUCUUCGUUGCCGGCUUCUUCGCGAGCAGCAAUGGCAGUUUGGACAGUUUGGUGGAGAUGGCAGGGCUGGGGGAUAUGCGCUUGGACUCUCUACUAGACGUAUUGCCUGCCGGCUUGAUCAAGGAUGUGCAGAACCUUCAGACUGCCGAAAAGGAAGCGGUGGACUAUGACUCGUUCGCCAUUGGACUCGCGGCCAAGGCGGAGGGCGUGCAUUCCAAAUUCCCCGUUAUCAUGAUUCCCGGAGUCAUUUCAACCGGCUUGGAAAGUUGGGGCGUGGAAGCGCAAUCUCGACCGUAUUUCCGCAAACGCCUAUGGGGUUCUUGGACGAUGCUGAGAGCGAUGGUGCUGGAUAAGGCAGCCUGGAAGCGACACAUAAUGUUGGAUCCAGACACGGGACUGGAUCCGCCCGGAAUCAAGCUGCGCGCCGCGCAAGGCUUCGAUGCUGCGGACUUCUUCAUCACUGGAUACUGGAUAUGGAAUAAGAUUCUCGAGAAUCUGGCCACAAUUGGCUAUGACCCCAACAGCGCCUUUACUGCCGCAUAUGACUGGAGGCUCAGCUAUUUGAACUGCGAGAUCCGCGACAAGUACUUCACGCGCUUGAAAGCUCACAUCGAAGUGGCGAGGCAGGUCACAGGGCUUAAAAUCGUACUCCUUUCCCACUCCAUGGGUUCGCAGGUUCUCUACUACUUCUUUCAUUGGGUGGAGGCGGAGGGCUACGGCAACGGCGGCCCAGAUUGGGUCAAUGAGCACAUCGAAGCCUGGAUCAACAUAUCUGGCUGCAUGCUAGGCGCACUCAAAGACGUACCGGCAGUGCUGAGCGGCGAGAUGAGAGAUACCGUCCAGCUCAACGCUUUCGCCGUGUACGGGCUGGAGAAAUUCCUCUCGCGCAAUGAGCGCGCCGAGCUCUUCCGUGCAAUGCCUGGCAUCAGCAGCAUGCUUCCCAUCGGAGGAGAGGCAGUCUGGGGAAACCUCACCUGGGCGCCUGACGAUCAACCAGGCCAGAACAUCUCCUACGGCAGCUUCUUGAACUUCAAAGAGACCAACAGCUCCAAGACACAGACGAAUCUGACCGUCGCGCAAGCGCUGCCGUACCUGUAUGACCAUACCGAGGCGUCGUAUGUCAAGAACAUCAAGAGCAGCUACAGCCAAGGCGUUGCCCACUCGCGAAAGGAAGUGGAGAAGAAUCAGCUGGAUCCCGCCAAAUGGAUCAAUCCUCUGGAGACACGACUACCCCUCGCACCGGACAUGAAGAUUUACUGCUUCUAUGGUGUCGGCAAACCCACCGAGCGAGGGUAUUUCUAUCGCGAAGACGACAUGACGAAUGGCUCCAGUGUCAUGAUCGACUCCUCAGUCACCACAGCAGACGGCCUCAUAGACCACGGCGUCUUCAUGGGCGAAGGCGACGGAACCGUCAACCUCCUCUCCUCGGGCUACAUGUGCAACCGCGGCUGGAAAAUCCCACGCUACAACCCCGGCAAAGUGCAGGUCAUCACGCACGAAAUGCCGCACGAGCCCGACCGCUUCAGUCCCCGCGGUGGACCGAAUACGGGCGAUCACGUCGAUAUCCUGGGGCGGGCGAGUUUGAACGAUUUGAUCCUGAGGGUUGCGGGGGGCAAGGGGCAUUUGAUUCAGGACACGGUGUUUUCGAAUAUCCUGGAGUACGCGGCGAAGGUGAAGAUUUACGAUGACGAUGAUCAUGGGGGAGAGGGGGAAUGAUUGCCUGCAUUGCGAGCGCAUGUACUAAUAGUGUAGUCUCUGCGCAAACCU